GAAGAGCAUGACAUUGCCAGUUGUAGUGUAGGGUUUUCGGGUCGCAGAUGUGAGCAAGGACGAGAAUAAAAUGAGUCAUAUGGAUAUACUACAUAGAUGAUGGACUUGAUUUUUGCAAGUAGCGGAUUCCGUGGAAAUUUAGCUGAGGAAAUUUCACUGUAUUGUUAAACUUUUUUGCAUUAACGCGCGAGCAAAGCACCUGAAGAAUUCGGCCUAACCCGCUAGCAGCAAUCAUGUCUCAGGGUGCGGGUGCACGAAAAAACAAACUUGGUUUGAAAAUUAUGCCUCCAGUCGAAGAAAACAGUGUUUCAGAGCCUCCCUAUGCAAAGCCUAUCACAACACUAGAAGAUAAAUUAGCCCAGCAAUUAAGUGAGCUUGAUCUUGGUGACAUUAGUGAAGAGCAGACCAAGAGGCUUGAAGAGUUUUUCAGCCAGAAAGCAAAGAUUGGUGAGAUGAAAGAUGAGGAUUUUGAAACAAUUGAAGAUUUAGGGGCUGGCAAUGGAGGGGUGGUGGCAAAAGUCAGGCAUAAGCCUUCAAAAAUUAUAAUGGCCAGAAAAAGAAUACACUUGGAAAUAAAGCCAGCCAUUCGCAAUCAGAUUAUGCGCGAACUAAAAGUACUUCAUGAGUGCAUAUCACCAUACAUUGUUGGGUUUUAUGGAUAUUUCUACAGUGAUGGGGAAAUAUCAUUAUGCAUGGAGUACAUGGAUGGGGGAUCUCUGGAUCUCAUGCUGAAGAGAACAAACAGGCUGUCAGAAGAGAUUCUUGGGAAAAUAGGUGUAGCUGUAAUUAAAGGUUUGAGUUAUCUACGGGACAAACACGACAUUAUUCAUCGAGAUGUUAAAUCAUCCAACAUUCUUGUGAAUACCAAGGGUGAUAUAAAGCUUUGUGAUUUUGGCGUCAGUGGCCAGCUAAUUGAUUCUGUUGCCAUCUCGUUUGUUGGCACCCGCUCUUAUAUGUCGCCCGAGCGACUACAGGGCAGCCGGUACACAGUCCGGUCGGACGUAUGGAGCAUGGGCCUCUCAUUGGUUGAAUUAGCCAUAGGUAGAUAUCCAAUCCCCAGUUCGAGGCCUGAAGACCUGGAGGAUAUUUUCAAAUUGCCGCCGAACGGUCCUGCAAUAGAUGAUAAAACACCGCCACCUGGUGCUGGCGGCGGCGGCGGGGAAACAAAGUCAUUGGCGAUUUUUGAGCUGCUGGAUUACAUAGUAAAUGAGCCUCCUCCAAAGUUACCACCUGCACACUUUUCAGAGGACUUUUGCGAUUUCACCAAUAAAUGCUUAUACAAGAAUCCAAACGAAAGACCUGAUCUCAAGACACUGAAGACCCAUCCGUUUAUCGUGCAUUGGGAAAACGAGCCCGUAAACAUUGCAGGAUGGGUAAAAAAGUUACUGAAAAUUGAAGGCUAAGUAGAUUCUUAUUUUAGACGUUAAAAUUUCCAAUUAGGUAAUUUUUAUGCUAUGUCGAGGCCUGUUAAAACGAAUUUAUUGGGUAGGGCGCACUUAAUGUAGAGUGCUUGUUGUCUUCCCUCGGAAACGCUACUGUGGCAAAAUAAGGCAGUGAAUUUCACAUAUACUUGGCCUAGUCAUGGCCUGGUCACAGAAUAGGAAACAGGCAGAAGGGUAACCCUCGUCGGUUCCUUUGUUGUUUUUUAAGCCUGAGUCAACAAUAGAAUUCCUUAAGUCCCCUUUAACCUCGAUUUCAUUAGAAGAACUUAGCCAUGACAAAUAAUCAUUAAUUAAUCAGAUAUAAACGAAUUAUGAUACAUAAUUGAAUUUGUUAACUAUCAUGGGGCAUUUCGUCUCAAAUAAAGUUGUUUACUAUCAUUUUUUUUUAAAAUUUCCCCGACAGAUACAUGCUAAGCCUCGUAGAAGUUAACGCAUGCGCUAGUUUUUCCAGGCUUCACCCGUUGGCAGGAGUUCCCCUUCUGCCUAAUUCCUUUUCUGUGGCCUGGUACUAACAAAUUAAUGAUUGAAAGUUUUCGCUUGAUGGUGAAAAGUUUUCACCGUGACGUCAUCGUCUAGUUAUGGUUGGAGCGAAGCCCGUGAUGAUGUCAUAAUCAUCGUUAUUGCUGGAAAUGAGCAAACAGAGGCUUUUGUCGAUUUGUUGUUUUCGUGUGCCUUUACAGUAUUAUUUUAUGAUAUUAGUUCCCUAUAAUUCCUCAACCCAUUAAAAAUAUGUGAGAAAAGUAAAUCCCUUUUGAAGAAUUGGAUCUAAAGCCGAAAUAACUCACGCGUUCUUCAAUUUUUCUCCCAAAGUCGUGGAUUAAAGCUCAAUAUUUUAUCUUGUUUAUCGAAAAUCGUCUUAAAUAGCGAUUGCGUUAUUGUUCGUAAAAGAUUUCAAGCGUGCGAGAUUCUCCAAAAGCUGUUUGAAGGGUUAUUUAGUCAUAGGAAAAUGGUUUAUCGCAGAAUUGAAAAACAUUCAGCUUUCCCUACAUAAUAACGAGUUCCAAAAGCUUUGUAACAUCGUUUUUAGAAUAGGGAGAAGUUGCUUAAAUCUGUACUUGGAGAGGUAGAAUUAAUGUCAUAUUGCUAGAGCAAGGUUCUUGAAGCGACUGAAAUGAUUUUGAACUGCUCGUAUAUAUCCAAGAGGAAGAUGACUUAUUUCGCCAAUGAAAUCUUGGCACGUUUUUUUUCGUCAAAGUCAGCAGUAAGCUUAAGCUGCCAACAAGCUGUGUUGUGGAAGUUGAGAAUAAUUAGCAAUUUCUUGGUCGAUGCGAGAUUCAGUUUACGAUAGGCUUUUUCUGCUAACUGUUACAUCAUAACCCGUGUACAAGAUCUGUAGACCUUUGUGCAUGAUCAAGUUACUCCUCCUUUCGAAAAACUCAAAUAAAUUUUGCUGUUUUAUAUAUCCUUAUAAUCUUGCAGUAUUAUUCAAUUGGAAACAAGUUUUGUGCAAUGCGCGAAGUCGUGUGCAGAUCUAUGUUUCUUUCAAUUUGUUUAGAAGUCAAGUGUUUAGGCGUUCAGUCGUAUAUUACAUAGCUCAAAAUGCUCGUCGCAAAACGUCGAACGUUGCCCCACAUAGUGCCAUAGCCCACAAUUAUUAUCAUGACAAUUAUUAUGCCCAACAAAGUUCAUGAAGUUUUACAUUGUAGUAACUCGGGUAACUCUGCCGUAAACUUUGCUUUAUUGUAUCUUAAUGUCGUGUAUUUUUGCUUCGUCGAAAUAAAGGGGACUCUCGUUGUAUAACUUGUACUAACGUGUUGUUUUUGUGAAUAUAAACAUGUCUUAGGAAGCAGACGCCUUGUCUGUUAUUAAUCUCAUCGAAUGCCGAUCAUAACAAGAAAAACACGGUACAAAGUUGUUCCUCCGCAUGUUUCACUCCUGAAUUUUCAUUUAUUCCAUGCUAGAUAUUUAAUUUCAGACAGUAAAAUUGCAGCUAAAGAUUGAUUCACUGCACGCCUGAUGAUUUGAAUUUUCAUAGGAAAACAAAUUGUCGAAAGUUUCCAAUUAUUAAAAGUUCUAAUUAUGAAAAUUAAGACACAAAGGAAAAUCAUGACGGGAAAGAAUUUUUGAUUAAAAGAAUGACAAAUUAUCAGAAACUGUUAAUAUUUGUAGAAGUGAAGGUGUUGGAACCUAUCGGUCGGGGAAGCCCCUCGUUGCCCCCAAGAAAUUGCUUACGGAACAGAACACUACAGCUUAACUGUCGACAAUUUUCAAUGGAGUAAUAAAGGGUGUGAUGGAAAGCAGCUUCUUGCAGCGACUGUGCUUUCGAGUUGCUUUGAAAACUGUGUACCGUAAUGGAACAGUGGACCUCGGUUCCAAUGCUCGAUUCGACUCGCUCACUAGGCACUUGUAGCCAGGGUUAAAACAGUGUUGGUUUAGGUAGAUCCGCAAUCCCGUGUUUGUGAUUACGUCUCUUAACAUUUUGGCAUAGCCAUAGGUUGUGUUUUUUUAAUUUCUGUUUAGGAGUAAGUCACGAACAGAAAAACAAAUGA